CUCUUUUUGUCCAUAUUUCUUGCUUUUACUUACUCUUUAAAUGGGUCAGUAUCAGGACAAACAGAUGUUUUGGAACUCCAACAGAAAUUAAAGAUGCUAGAGCAAAGAGUACAAGGGCUUGAAGCAAUGAACAAUACUUUAGCCAAGCUAAUACAGCAAACAGUUGGUUUUACUGCGUGUUUAUCAUCACCAUCUGCAGUGAACAUUGGCUACCAACAACCAAUCAAAUUCAAUCACGUGAUCACAAACGACGGCAAUGGUUUCGAUCCACGGCAUGGCACAUUUCGGGCACCUGUCUCCGGACUUUAUCACUUCUCCAUGACCAUAUACUCGGUAAAGUCACAUCCGAUACGCAUUCAGAUGGUAAAAGACGGAACAGAACUUAUUCGUACAUACGAAGGCGGGAGUGACUAUCUCUCAUCCACCACUGACGUCAAUGUCAGGCUUAGUGCUGGUCAAACCGUGUGGUGUCGCAAUUCACAAACUGCAAAUGCUUUGAUCAAUUUUGGUGGUUACAGUUGCUUUUCUGGGCAUCAAAUUUCUAGCUAG